AUCAUUUACAUGGAUCUCAACUUCGGUCCGCCACGAGGAUGCAGGGUCAAGAGUGCGACAGUCAAAGUCACUUUGGAUGAGUACGAUGAGUGCCUUGACUCAUAUCAUGCCAAACGGGGUAAAAGCUGUCACAAAUCAGGUUGCCCCGUCCAGAUGAUGGACUCGUAUGGGCCCAGGCAGCUCGUUGGCGAGGCCAAGUGCACUGAGUUCAAGCAAACAAUGAGUUUGGCUCCCGAGAUUCACGCCUUUGGUGGUGGAGCUGGAGGUGUAGGCGUGAACUCCGAGAAGGCCUUCAAGUCUUCAUCACGAUGGGCUUUCAAUGGCCAACUCUUGCCUGGGAAAGGAACCUGGACGUACAAGACUCUGGAAUGG